GCACAUAUAAUUACACAUCGAGGGAGGGGAAUUCAAAGUUUAGGAUGGGGUCGUACCUGAGCCCCUUGCUGUACGGAGUGGGAGGGAUAGUGAUGGCCGGAAUGGCGCUACUGGUGGCGUUCCAGGAGAAGCUCGUGUAUGUGCCAGUGUUGCCCGGCCUCACCAAGUCCUAUCCAAUCACACCCAGUCGCCUUCGUCUUUUCUAUGAAGAUGUCUGGCUUAGAUCUUCGGAUGGCGUACGUCUUCAUGCCUGGUUCAUCAAGCUUUUCCCCAAAGGUAGCCCAACCAUCCUCUUUUUUCAGGAAAACGCAGGAAACAUUGCCCAUCGUCUUGAAAUGGUUCACAUAAUGAUACAACAACUGCGUUGCAAUGUUUUUAUGCUUUCGUACCGUGGCUAUGGGGCCAGUGAUGGAUACCCUUCUCAACAUGGAAUCAUAAAGGAUGCUCAGGCAGCAUUGGAUCAUCUGAUUCAGAGGACAGAUAUUGAGACAUCAAAAAUAUUUGUUUUUGGAAGGUCGCUUGGCGGAGCAGUUGGAGCUGUACUUACUAAAAAUAAUCCUGAUAAUGUCUCUGCACUUAUUUUGGAGAAUACUUUCACUUCUAUCCUUGACAUGGCUGGAGUUCUCCUUCCCUUCUUGAAGUGGUUCAUUGGAGGCAGCGGUUCAAAGGGUCUCAAACUUCUUAACUUUCUUGUUAGGUCUCCGUGGAACACCAUUGAUGUUGUUAGUGAGAUCAGACAACCUAUCCUUUUUCUGUCUGGAUUACAAGAUGAAAUGGUCCCUCCAUCACACAUGUCAAAGCUCUAUGCUAAGGCAGCUGCACAUAAUAACCACUGCUUAUUUGUCGAAUUUCCUACUGGAAUGCAUAUGAAUACGUGGUUAGAAGGUGGGGAUCACUACUGGAUGACCAUUCAGCGGUUUCUGCAACAAACUGUUCCUGAGAAGUCGGAAUAAAGGAAGCAAGAAUAUUCUGAAGAGCACGAUCCGAAUUUAAUGCAAGAUGAAGCAUCAAUGAAGUCACCAUCUUUGAUCGAGGUCUAACAGAGAUAUAAUUGGUAAGAAGUUCUCAUCGAUAGCGCCAUCGUUCUAAUUAUUAGUUUCUUCUGGAGUCAUGUUUACAGAAGAUGUGAGAAUAUUAUGAAUGAUGUUAUUGAGUAAUAUAGACUAACUGUAUUUUACAAUCUCUCUGCCAAUUAGCUCUCAAGUGUGUAGAAACAUUGUACAUUUUGUUUACUUUUUCUGAACUGUUAAAGUUUGCAAUCCCAUGUAUCUUU